AUGUAAUCUUUCAUUGUAGUGAGAGUCUAAUUUCCCAUAAUGCCCAGCGGGCCAGGACACCAAGAUGGCUGACGCUGGGAAUGAAUACGAAAAAGAAGCUGACUGUGUCCCCGUUCUUCAUCCAGAGGAGAUCAAGCCUCACUACAGCCAUGGAUUCAGCGAGAGUGGGGGCCGUAAGAACCACGCAGAGGACUACAGCACCUGGGACAUUAUCAAAGCCACACAGUAUGGCAUCUUCGAGCGCUGUCGAGAGCUGGUGGAGGCCGGUUACGAUGUCCGACAGCCUGACAAGGAGAACGUCACCCUGCUGCACUGGGCCGCCAUCAACAAUCGGCUCGACCUGGUCAAGUAUUACAUCUCAAAGGGUGCCAUUGUGGACCAGCUGGGAGGAGAUCUGAAUUCAACACCGCUGCACUGGGCCACUAGGCAGGGCCACCUGUCUAUGGUGGUCCAGCUGUUGAAGUUCGGAGCCGACCCGGCGCUCAUCGACGGCGAGGGCUGCAGCUGCAUCCACCUGGCCGCGCAGUUCGGCCACACCUCCAUCGUGGCCUACUUCAUCGCGAAGGGGCAGGAUGUAGACAUGAUGGACCAGAAUGGAAUGACUCCAUUGAUGUGGGCAGCAUAUAGGACACACAGCGUCGAUCCUACUCGGCUGCUGCUCACCUUCAACGUAUCUGUCAGCCUCGGUGACAAGUACCACAAAAACACAGCGCUUCACUGGGCUGUGCUCGCCGCCAACACCACAGUCAUCAGCCUGCUACUGGAGACCGGCGCCAAUGUGGAUGCACAGAACAUCAAGGGAGAGACGGCUCUGGACCUGGCCAAGCAGCGGAAAAACGCCUGGAUGAUUAACCACCUGCAGGAGGCGCGACAGGCCAGGGGCUAUGACAGUCCCUCCUACCUGAAGCGGCUGAAGGCGGACAAGAAUUUCAGGCAGAAGGUCAUGCUAGGGACGCCCUUUUUGGUCAUCUGGCUGGUGGGCUUCAUCGCUGAUCUGGACAUAACUACCUGGCCCAUCAAGACCUUGAUGUAUACAGUUGUGUGGAUCAUAGUCCAGUUGCUUUCCCGGUCGUUCUUCGACCACUCCAUGCACAGCGCCCUUCCCCUGGGGAUCUAUUUGGCCACCAAGUUCUGGAUGUACAUGACCUGGUUCUUCUGGUUCUGGAACAAUCUUCCCUUGGUUACCGUCCACCUGCCCUUCCUACUGAACAGCCUCGCACUGUUCUACAACUUCGGAAAGUCCUGGAAGUCGGACCCAGGGAUCAUCAAGGCUUCUGAGGAGCAGAAGAAGAAGACAAUUGUUGAACUGGCAGAGACUGGAAAUCUGGAUCUUAGUAUUUUCUGUAGCACCUGUUUGAUACGGAAGCCCGUGAGGUCCAAACACUGUGCCGUGUGCAACCGCUGUAUUGCCAGAUUUGAUCACCACUGUCCCUGGGUGGGCAACUGUGUGGGGAGCGGGAAUCACCGCUACUUCAUGGGAUACUUGUUCUUUCUGCUCUCCAUGAUCUGCUGGAUGAUCUACGGCUGCAUCUGCUACUGGAGGACGCACUGCACCACCAGCUACACCAAGGACGGCUUCUGGACCUACAUCACACAGAUCGCCACCUGCUCGCCCUGGGUCUUCUGGAUGUUCCUCAACAGCAUCUUCCACUUCAUGUGGGUGGUCGUGCUCAUCAUGUGCCAGACUUACCAGAUUGCAUGCCUGGGCAUUACCACCAACGAGAGGAUGAAUGCCAGAAGAUACAAGCACUUUAAGAUUACGACGACGUCCAUCGAGAGCCCUUUUAACCAUGGUUGCGCACGGAACCUCAUAGACUUCUUUGAGUACCGUUGCUGCGGCCUCUUCCGGCCCGUGAUCGUGGACUGGACCACGCAGUACACUAUAGAGUAUGACCAGACGUCCGGCUCUGGCUACCAGCUGGUGUAGCCCGGCUAGGACCAGGGCAUCCUGUCGGGGCAUGGCUGCAUCCCGGGGACAGUCGACCGGAGUCUGGCAUUCACAGAGACUGCAUGCUGUUAGAGGGACAUGCCCGCACCGGCCCCACGACAGCUCCUCCCCCACUAGCCAAGCCCCUGUCACCCCGACGUGGACGGAGUUUGUCCGACAGAGGGGAGAGGAGAUGCUAACUGGGGAGUCAAGGCGGGAAUGGGGGGGGGGUUGUUCUUUAAGUGUGGGCCUGAUGUUGCAUCGUGUGCGACAAGGCUCCUUCACAGUCUCUGCUUCGUUCUGUCGUUCAUUUUUCCCUCCAUUUUUUUAAAGCAUAUUUAUGUUUUAAAGCUUUACCGUUCCAUAUAUAUAUAUAAAAAAAUGUACUAAUGUCUUAAAAAGACUGAGCUCAGAAAUGGCUUUGUCGGUAUUUCUGGGACUGCUCUGUCUUAAGCAAUGUCUUUGCAAUCAGCUGGAAGACUGGGCAGCUUUUCCUGUCAUGACAAUGUGAGUCGAAGCAGUGUUUGGAAAUGGAGUUUUGGAGCCUCAUCAUAACUCGCUGAUGCUGUCGCGUAUAAGGAAGUAUAUUCCCGGAGCUGAUGUGAUGCUGGUAUAUUUAUUUGUAAGGCUAUUUAUGAAUAAGAUGUGCUUCAGUCGAGGUGGCAUGGUAAACAGUUAGUCAUUUUAGGUUUUGUCAUCCAUGCAUUUUGAUGUAGCUACAUCCUUGAUGCAGUUGAUAUUAACGGUGGAUGUUAAAGAUGCGUGACCUUGCAGCAUUGGAAAGAAUACAUGUAUUUUUUUAAUUAUCUAGCACAGUCAAAGAUGGCAGUUCAUAAGUACACCUCAUUCCAAGUUGUUUUCAUAACUGAGUUUGUUUUUUCUGAGACGAUGCACUGAUUUUUCCUAAUUUUCAUUGAUGGAAACUGUCUGUUUUAAUAUUAAUGUCUUUUUUUUAUUAUCAUUAUUUCUGGCUUCCAAGAAACACUCCCGUUCACGGAGAUGAGCCGCUGGGGUUCAGCCCAGUGCUCUCAUGCCCUGUUGUUUCUCUGGCCAUAGGAGCAGCGGCAGAGCAGGAGCAUGAAGAUCCCGUUGUACAUAUGAGACUUAGGUCCCCUUACUGUGAUUUUUAAUGUUUUGUUUUUUGAAUGUUACUGGAAGCUGCUUGUUUUGUUUUAUUGAACCAAACCUGGGAAAAUGAAUGCUGUGCUUCC